AGAAAUUUUUCAAAUUGAAAGUUGAUACUACUCACUCGCCUUUAAAUUCUCCAUUUUUUGUAGUUACCAUUGAAUCUUAGCCAUGGCGGACUCAGAAGAAGAGCUGUAAGUAUGUUGUGAACUAAAAUUCAGUUUCGAACACUAACAGACAGAACUCUUUCUGCUCAUGCUUUGGCAGCAUUAGCGGAAUUUGAAAGCGAAGAAAGUGAGCGUCUGGAGCGCUUCAAAGCUCUUAGUGAAGAAGCAGACGCAGAUUUCACCAGAAGAUCACAUUUGUCAAUUGAUGAUUUCAAGGAAGACUGGCAGCUGUCACAAUUCUGGUACAGCGAUGCCACAGCUAAUAUACUUGCUGACGAACUGCUUGAUGGAGCUGACAACGAAACGAUAAUAUGUAUUGCUAGCGCUCCUUCUGUAUAUGCAGCUAUCAGGGCUCGCGAACCCAGUGAGCUCCCAACAAAAAACAUCUAUUUGCUGGAGUUUGAUCGACGGUUCGAAAUCCUUUCAGGAACUAAAUACUUCGGAUUCUUUGAUUACAAUCAACCUCUGAAUGUUCCUGAACACUUAAAAGGUAGAUGUCACCGUCUUUUAAUUGAUCCACCAUUCUUAGAAACUGACUGUCAGAGGAAAUCUGCACAUGCAGCGAAAACAUUAUUACACCCGGAUAAAACCCAAAAAACGAAGGAGAAUAAACUGAGAUAUAAACUUAUCACUUGUACAGGUGAGCGAAUGGCUGAUGUGGUUACGUCCCACUACCCAGAUGUACACGUGACCACUUUCUACCCAGAACACAAAAACGGAUUGAGUAAUGAGUUUAGAUGCUAUGCUUCAUUUGAGGGUAAGUCAUGGAAAUUUGCCUAGAAAGCAAGAUCUAUCCCAAGAUAAAGCUUUUGCGUUAGCCACUUGAUUGAAGAGCUAGCUCCCUGUGCAAAAUUUCCCAUACCCUUUGAUGAAGAAUUUUGCGCCACACAUCAAAGAAUGCUUUGCCACUAAAUUGGACAAAAAAAAACACAUGCAAAUUCUAUCGGUGCAUAUAGAUUGAUUGAUCGAAAGGAAAACUUGUCAAAGAAGGGGCUUAAAACUGAGAGACCUGCUCUUCAAUAGUUCAAACUUAUUACUUGAUGGAUCCGGUGUUUGAGUAGUCGACAUAAUUUACGAUGCACCUAAUCUUGCUUCGUCAUGCCUCUAGAGCUGACCAUCGUGAUUCUGAUUGGUCUUCACCGGGAUUUGAUUCCAUUGUCCAUAAUCCCGACCAUUGGCUUGCAACAUACGAUCCCCCCUUAGACCCUUCCCUAGCUCUCAAGGAGGUUGAAUCAGCUUACAAGAAGGUUUUAGCUCAUAUUCCAUCCGCAUCUAGAAUAUUUGUGCACUGUUCUCCAUAUAAUCGCUGUGUGCAAACCGCCAGGCUUUUGGCAACGCACUUUUUACAUACAGAAUCAGGUGUUCACUCACAAACAAAUCCAGAAAAUCAGAGAAAGCUAAAGCUUAGGAUAGAUCAAGGCCUAUCAGAAUGGCUCAAUGAAAAUUUCCGAUUGGACUAUCUUCCGCCCAAUGAUGGAGGAGCAUCCAUGAUAAGCAAUGCAAACUUCUACCUGGAAAACAUGUGCACUGGUCUAUCGGUGGCAGAUGGCGAAAAGAGCGAACUAAAAAUAUUCAAAGAUCCCGACUGGCUUCACAACAAAUUUGGAAAAUGCGGAGACUAUGGAGAAAAGCCAUCAGAAUUUGAGUUGCGAUGUGCUAGCUAUCUUAGUAAUCUUGUGCAAUACUAUGAAACUCACACACCAGAAGAACACAAAGAAAAAUCAGUCAUAUUGAUUAUUACUCAUGGGGCACUAGUCUCAAUGUUUCUGCAACUGAUAGUGGGGCGUCGAAAUUUUAGUGAAAUCCCAGUUUGUACACCAAUAUAUCUCAAAAAGGGACGGCCAGAAUGUUAUUUCUUUAAAGAUUAUGACUUCAACCUGAAAUCGUUUGUCCCUAUCACAAAAGAUCAAGAAUUUUAUCAUCUCCUAGAUACGGAAUUUAGACUGACAGAUUUGAAUAGCAAAACCACAAAGGAACAUCAUUCCGUAACAUUUAUAACAGACAUUUCGAAAUCGGUGUCGCCCAACAGUCAAACUACGUAUCGACCAAGAAGCAAAACUAUCAAUGUGGUCGGUCGUGGAACUGAUUCAAAUGAUAAAAUUACCGCUCCGUUGCGCAAGGUUAGGUCAUCAAAACACCUUGAUUUGAUGGACAAUACCACAAAAGAAGGGAAAAUACUAGAUUUGAACAAACUUCAGGGAUUUUUGGGGGUAACUUCCGAUUCAGAUGACGAAUCAGACGCCCUAUUAGGCAGCCAAUGCUCUUCUGGUUCUGAAAUCGACGAUUCAAGUUUUGUUUUGCGUUCAGGAGAACAUGUAACGCAGAAAAAUUCAGAUACCCUACUUAACACUGCUGGAGACAAAAAUUCCGUCUCAAAAAUUAAAAAUUCAGGUUUUACAAUUUCGCUUGGAGCUAAUUUUGAAGCUCUAGAUCAAAACCACGAACGACAGGCUGACGCCUUUUGCGAAGAGAGCCGAUGUUCAAGUAACUCCACUGCCCCCCUUGAAAGCAAACGAAAAGAGACAACUUUGGAAGAGAUGAGCGAAAUAGAAGAUUGUAAAUUUGAAAUUCUGCCCUUCGUACAUCCCAAUAACAAAGGGCACAAAGAGGCUAAUCAAGCGUCUCAUAACCAUGAUACAUAUCGAUUUUCUGAGAAAUCUAAAGGGUCCUUAAAGAGAAUUCUCUUUGGUUCUCCUGAAAAACAGAUGCAGUUUAGCGAUGACAACUUAACGUGGUUUGGAAGCAAUAUGAAGAAACAAGUUGCAUAAGUUUCGAUAUUCAAACUUAACUUACUUCUGUCUUCAUAGGAAAUAAAAUUAAUAUAGGCCAAUAGUGCAUACAUUACGAGAUGAAUACCAGAAUGAAAACCCAUGACAGAACAAUGACCAGAAAAACUCGAAUAUCGGUAUAGAAGCACUGUGUCGCAUAUGAGGAUGCAGUAGCACCAUCCAUCUCAUCUGGGUAAAAGUCAUCAGUUGGAUCACUCAUCUUUAACAUGUACAAUCCACCUAAUUCGUCAACGAAGUUAUAAAGCAACGAUCUGUUCUUUGCUCGAAAAUCAUCGCCAUAAGAAUCCCACCAAAAUCCGCCAGCAAGACCUAGUUCUUUAACGUAAUUUGCUUUCUGACGUGCAGCUUGUGGAUUAUCGUAGAAGACAAUGCCGAGUCCUUUAGUGUUGUAGGCAUAAGAGGAUCCGGCAGUAAAAUUGUGAACUUCUAUGUAAUCCUGGGGUGGCAAGUUAUGAUAGUUUACAAUACACUGGUUUUGUUCUUGUUGAAUAUCCGCGAUGUUUGCGCAUCCUUUGAACGGUAAGCCAACACCCAUCCCCUUGAAGCUUCUUCCAUAGCUUGGCAUACCUAGAAUCAGUUGCUUUUUGUCGAUCUUAUCCAAAAGAUAUUGAACUGUGUUAUUAACGCUGGAGGCGGAAUAUGUUUCUGGAGAAUAAAGGUUGGAAUGGUAAUCGGCUCGGUCGGACCAAGGACCGGUCGAAUCGUAUCCCAUCAAGUUGAAGUAAGUCACGUAAUUACGCAAGGUUUCGAACUCAUAGUUCUUCAAGGAGGAGACGUCCAAAGGAAGAGCUAGCGAUAAGAGAUAUGUGUUUGAAAGCAUGCCAUUUUCCUUCUCCGCCACAGACAGCGUCUCUUUCAGAGCUUUGAUCAGUUUAUUCAGAUUUGAAGAAGAUCUUAAAUCAGGGAAUUCCCAGUCAAUAUCUAUACCGUCAAAUCCAUGUUUUCUCAUUGUAUCUACGAGAUUUUGACAAAAUCUCUCAGUUUUCCUUUGACUGGAUGUGGCUCCUUCAAAAACAUGAUUGGUAUUCUCCCCACCAAUAGCAAGGGAAACUUUGAGUCCCUUUUUGAGCUGCUUCAUUUGUAGAAGCUGACCAAUUAAUCCGGUGGAAUUGACCAUCGGUUCAGCUUCAGAUGAGGUUUUAGCAUGAUCUUUAGAACACAGCAUAUCAUAUCGUACACCAAAGGAACUGUUAGAGUCUUCAUGAACUAAUGGGAUGAUCUCUUCCAAAGCUACUUUUUCAUCGCC